AAUGUGCGCCAUGCUGCUUUCGGAAACGGCCAGCUUUGCGGCAGCUCUAUUGUUUGCCGUACACCCGAUCCACACCGAGGCGGUGACCGGUGUCGUCGGACGGGCGGAAACACUCUCGUCAGUGUUUUUCCUGGCAGCGUUCAUUUUCUACACCAAGGCGACCAGGCGGAAAAAAUCCACAGGUUGGCGAUUCCUUUGUCUUUCCAUGCUGUUUGUUGCCACGGCUAUGCUUUGUAAGGAGCAGGGCAUCACCAUAACGGGCGUGUGUGCAAUCUAUGAAAUCUUCGUCGCCCAAAAGGUCAGUAUUUCUGGAGUGAAUAUGGAGAAAUAUUUCAACUGGUUAUGAUAAUGUUGUAUCAUGGUUAUACUAUUUUAAUUUAAAAUUCAAUAUUCAAUUACGAUAUAAAUUUUCAAACAUUUUCAUAUAUGUUGCAACUGCGGUUUGAAUGAAGCUAUCAACAAUAUUCAAAACUGCUUAAA